AUGACAGCCACUUUUGAAGAAAAAAAGCUUAAAGGGAAAAGAAACAUAAAAAGAUCACGUCAAGGUAGUUUGGAAAGAAUAAUUGAUUCAGGUCCUCUUACGAAAGCAGAGAGAAAAAAAUUAGAGAAAGUCAACAAGUUUAAUAUUGACCUUCAAGCUCUGUUUGCAGCAGUGGAACACGAGCAACUGGACAGAGCUCGAAGUAUACUACAGUCCACAGAUGUCAAUGUUAACAGCGUGAAUGGUGAUGGUUUUACGCCGCUGGAUUUGGCGGUCAUGACUACAAAUGUUGCGAUGGUCCAACUUUUGCAGUCUCAUGGAGCCUCAGAAAGUGCUAAAUUUCCUUGUCGUGACAGCAGGAACAGUCACCUGCAAACUCUCUUACGUGAAGCGGGUCGCUGCGUGGAUGACUUGAGCACCUGUGUUCUCAGCGCAGCUACCAAUGGAAGUUUAUCCGCGGCUCUCUUAAAAGAAAAAGAGCGUCAGCUGUCGCUAUGGCAACGACGGCAUCAACUUCUCAAAAGAAUGAAAACUGGUUUUGAUCACUUACGUCCUCCAGAUCCACCAUCCAGUGUGCAGUUGGAAGUGGUGGGUACAAGGUCUCUAAAAGUGAAAUUUACUGAACCAGAGACGGCCCAUCAAGAAGAUAGUAUCGUAACCAAAUAUAAAGUGGAAUGGAGCUGCUACGAGGACUUCAGCCUGCUGGCCGGGAGCCGGGAACUGGCCGACGUGCAGCGUCUUGAGAUCACGAUUCCGGACCUGACCCAGGGCAGCACGUACUUCGUGCGGGUCGCGGCGGCCAACGUCAAGGGAGACAGCGAGUGGAAGGGCGCCUCGCCCCUCUCGGCCACCCCCUCCUGCUGGCGUGACGUUGAGGAGAAAGUUCCCCGUUCGGCAGGCCGAAACGGGAAACUGGAUGAUCUCUUUCAUCAGAUCAUCAACUCCAGACCGGGACAUUCAAGUGAAAUAAAAGGUAAGAUUUUGGCUGACUUAUCUGAUACGCCGCAACAACAAAGGCGGCAGGUUCGCAAAAGUAUAAAACAUUUAUUUACCUCAGCACCCAAGUUCCAGAAAAACAUGAAAAGGGGCGUUUUCUUGGCCUGCUUGCUGUAUCACGAAGAUCGGAUCAUUGUGACAGCAGAAGACACACUUCCUAUUUUAGAGGUGGACGAGACGUAUCCUUCGCCCCUCCACACGGAUUUCCACUGGCUGAUGAAGGUUGCCUGUACUUGGGAAGACGUUAAGACCUUAAAGCAAGAUAUGGAGAAAAGCCAUUCAUCUUCAAACGUCCAUUUUCGAAGUAAGCUGCUGCAAGCUGUGGAGCAAAUGCAGGCUGCCUUAGGUCUCCAGGAUUUAGGACAAUUGUACUACCUCCCUCUUAAGGACAGCGAAGGUACAACAGUACUGUGUACAGUGAAACAGGUUCGUGAUCCCAAGACUAUGGUCACGCUGUCCGUAAGGUGGAUGCCUCUUUAUAAAAUACAGAGGAAGAGGGCAAACAACUCGGAUAGCAACGGUGAUAACCCUGGAGUUAGUGAUUUGCUGCUGGACUCCCUACAAGAAAUGAUACUGUACAGUCAAGUCAGUAACAGGUCACUGACGAGAGGUUUGUACGUAGGCUAUAUGAAGUUAAAAAGCUCCGUUGAUGCUAUUCGAGUUGUUGUGCCAAGGUUAACACCGAAUGUUUUGCCUCAUAUUAAGAUUCGAGAUAAUCCUCAUGUCUCACGUGAAGAAUGGCAGUGGUUCAAAAGCCUUGCUGCUGGAAGCUUACCCAGCGGGCCUUCCGAAAUUCAAAUGAAAUUCCAGAAAGCUUUGUCUGUAGCAACAAAGCAGCUACUGGCAGAGCUAGACAUUCCAGAAAAUGUUUCAGACCUUCACAGGUUCUACGACGUUGAAGUUAUAGAAUUGAGUAACGACGUUUCUUUUUUACUGGUGCUACCCCCUGUUGAUAGCGUUUGUUCCGUUCCUGGUCAAUGUGACGAAAUAACUUCUAGACCCGACUGCAUUCCACUACCAAUACAGAUAUUUGAAAUGAUACACAUGACAACCUAUCAGUCCAGCUUCAUAACUCGAUAUUCUCGGCUUUCAUCUAUAUUAGAAAUGGACAAUAUGCUUGCUCAUCAUGCUCAUAGAGAGGCCUUUUCAUCGUCCGAACUGUCGGAGGCUAAAUCUCGGCUAAGUCAGUUGCAAGAAUUUCAGGGCCAAGUCGACAACGUCUGGAGAGCUGUUCGAUGGAUCAUGGAUGUGCUCACUUUCGCCCGAGACAAGCAAGGAUCUAAUGGUGUGCCUUUGAAAGACAUCUGGACAAAUGCCAGCACGCCGGACUCCCCAAGCAUGCCUUUGCCUCCCCUGCUGCAAAAGCAAGUGAAAGAAGGCAGCCGCAUCACUACCAGUCUUUCGGUGAGGUUAGCUCACACGGAGCGAAGGCAGAUACGACGAUGUUCCUCAACUUCCCGCUUGCAGAUGAGCUACGCCGAUUCCUGCAACGACGUCGACAGUAUCCUCAGCGGCUCCAAAGCCCACAGUGCAGAGAGACUGGGAGACACGAACUUUGGAAAAGACCACCACAGAGACAGUAUUCGCAGCUCAUUCACAGGCAGUCUGAAGUCCUUGUCCUCGGCGGACAUUACCCUGGACGACGACAAGCUUAGUAUCUACUCGAAAGACAGCGCUUGUUCUAACGACGAGGACUGCCACUGUCACGGAGAAGAGAAAGGUUCUGAAGAAGCUUUGCAGUCGUCGUCUCCGGUUCCCUCGCAUUCACACAGUUCCGAUAUCAUCCGAGUGUACGCGGCGUACGACACGGGACUCCCCAGUGGUACGAGCAUCAGGCUGCACGUGACGCCACGUACCACUGCUCGCGAAGUGGUGGAUCUGGUUGUGAAGCAGCUUAAUAUGGCAGUGAUACUCAAAGGAAGAGGUGGACCUAUAUAUGGUAACAGCCAGCUGCACAAUUUCUGUCUUGUUGUGACUGCUGGCGCAAGGGAAAGGUGCCUCAGCGAUGACUUUCAACCUAUGAAACUUCAAGGUCCAUGGCUUAAGGGAAAACUUUUCGUGCGCAGGAAGAACAACUUGUUCAAUCAUAAUGCUGAUUAGUGGGAAGAGUAGAAAAAGAUUUUAAUAACCGGUUAUUCGAUUAUUUUUACUACAAAAAUUCAAUUGUUUCAAUUGCCCGCCGAGUACAAGUAAGAGAUAUUAAUGAUUUUUUCGCUUACAAUUUUUAAUCUGACGUUGGCAAAUAGUAGCUGAUAAUAUCUAGAGUAAGACUAUGUGUUAGGAUACCGAAUUUAAAAUGUUGAAGAUAAUAGAUAUUAACUAUUUAUUCUUAACUCAUUUCUAAAUUAUGCAGGCUAAAAUUUUUUUACAACUAAAAAAAUAAUUCAGUUAUAUCAUUUUCAAGUAUUUGCAACAAAUAAACUUCUUUUGUUUCCGUAAUUUCUUUCAUAUUGUCAAAGUUUGUUCCUUCUUCACCAUACAAGUUUUUUUUAAAUGCCUGCUCUUUGGGGAUUACUCUCUCUCUCUCUCAUCAAGCCAAAAUCAUGUAUAAUUUUGAAAUGGUAAUCAGUUAUUAGAAGUAUAAUAAGACCGUCCUAGGAAAAAUGUGCAUAAAGCUACAAUUUCUUCGAAUCUUUUAAAAACCAUAGCCAAAAAUAAGGACUGAAAUGGAAUUAAAAUAGCGAAAAAUCAACUUUUAUACAUAAUUAACUCGAGGUUACGGAUUAAGUGCCUUUACAGCAAAAGUCAACACGGAAGUGAGUUUUUGAAGCUUCUAAGUAAGGAAAAUUUACUUACUGAAACAUUCUAAAAAGAAUUGAAACGUUUUGAAAGUAGUUACAAAACCAAUUUUUAGGGUCCAAGUUUGCACUCAAAGUGAAAUUGUACGUUUAAGAUCUACCUUGCUUUGGUUAAAAAAAAAAAGAAAAAAGAAAGAAAGCACUAUCUGCAACAGUAACUAUUUAUAAAAAAAGAAACUAAAAUUUACACCCGAAUCCAGUUUUUGUACUUGACAAUUUCAAAAGUAAAGGUAUGCAUGAAACAAAAUGUUUGUUCUGACAAAAAAAAAAAAAAAGCUGCAAAGAUGUUUUGCAACGAUGGGGCAUUUUGGAUGCUUGCGCAUAGCUGGGCAGUAGUUAUUAAUAGAAUUACAGCUGAGUCUUUUCAUUUUAUGCCAGAGUUAGAAAUGGGUACUUGAAGAAGAUUAAAUGAGUCUUGUUUCUAUUUUCUCAAGAGGAUUAUCAUAUUAGCUAAGCUUACAUGAUAGCCCUUUAUAUAAAUCUGAAGCUGUUUAGUUUCAUUCGUCAUCAGAAGUACAAUUGACUUAAUCUUAAUUGAACAAUAAAUCAAAAACAGCAGCUAACAUUUUGAUACUUAUUUAUUUUUCAACCGAGGUUGACUUGAAACAUUUUUGCAUAUCAACCCUUCAGAGGUUUAAAGACUGUAAAUAGUUGCAUUUAGUAUGUCAUAUUAAGGGUGCAUUUAUUUUUAUGUUCAAUGAAGCUUGGAAACGUCAUAAGUACGCUAAAAUUGCCAAAUGAGCUUCUUCUUAUCUGUGCAUUUUUAAAGUUCAUCUAAUGUUAAUUUUCAGCACAAUUAAGCAUUCUCAAUUAUACCUCUGAAUACUUAAGAGACUGUAAUGUCAUUCUUUUAAGUAGUUUGUACAUAAGCGAUUCUGCACCUCUUUUUUCUAGACAUGAAUCAUUGAAAUAAGUUAAUACAAGUACAUUUUAAAUUGAACCAACAGCAGAUUCUUUUUGUAGUAGGCAGGUACCAAAAUAAACCAAAGCCUUUUAUAAAUAGUAAAUUUGACGUUAAAAAUCACUGUCAAAACCAAACUCUAACACAAAAGUUUCCGAAAUUAUUUUUGCGUUUCGUGCAAUCAAUACUGCAACACUAUUCCAUUCAACGCUAUUGAUUCGAGGAAACGAUCAAAUAGUUAAAUUAGAUUUGAACAAAAAAAUAGUUCAGAUAAUCGGCUAACUGGUUAAAAUAAAGUCUGCUUGAACAUGUUUAGUGAGAUGAACUGGAAUGUAAAUAGAGGAAUUAGCAAGCAAAAGUGAUACUGAUGCCAAAUUUUUCAGAACACUAUUAGAAUUACUUAUAAAUCAAUGUGUACACAUUGUGCUUUUCAUUUCCUUUUCACUUAGAGCGUCGUAUGUUCACUAGUUUGUAACGGCACAUUGAGUGUAUUAUUACUUUUAUGUACAUUUGUUUCAUUUGUAAUAUUUUCCUUUUUUGGUCAUUAAUGUCCGAAGUGUAUAUUUGUUCAUAAUUUAUUUUAUAUUAAGUUAAUCAAAGCUAGUUUUAUUUUCAGCUGUCAGAAAUAGGAAAUUGUCCCAUAGUCACGCUAAUCUUUAUACAAGACUUUCAAGCUGAAAAAAAUCAAAACAUUUUAUUAAGAUAUUUCAUAAAAUUUCCUAAAGAGAUGAAUUAGAUUUGAAACAUAAGAUUUUCUAAUGAAGUUUAGUAAUAUUUAAAACUGCAAUAUUUCGAAAUAUUAGAUUUUUAGAAUGUGAACAAAUUGAUAAAUUUUAUGAAAAGAAAUUAUAAAUUAAAACCCUCCAUUUAUUGUAUUUUGCUAUGAAUCAAAAAUAUGUACAGCUUGAAAUUGAA